CUGUAGCUAUCUCUACUACUACAGUACUACUACUAGUUUGAUAAUUUAUCAUUGACUCUGUUUCGUUUUUCUCUUUAAAUAUGUGAUGUUGAUAGAAGCAUUUUUUAAGUUAACAGCUCGAGUACGUAUUAUUUUUUUGGUUCCGUAGUACACAAAGCGUCAAAGUCGACUCCCUUUCUAUCUCUCUCAUGUGAGCUGUGGCUCUGUGAACUCAUGCUGCUGAAUUAUCUGACAGAAAUGUGCAGCUUUAAAAAGCCUUUCUUGCUGCAAAGAUUCCUUUGGAUGGUGAUCAUGGAUUUGUAAUUAUUUCGAUCCAAUUGUACUGUGAUGUUACCUCCUGUUCGCUGCUACAUUCCACUUUUAUCCAUCCUGCCUGCUGCUGUUGCUCAGUCCCCAUCGUGUCUCGUUUCGUUGGACGUGCCAUUUUCCCUUCUCUUGGUUUUAAACAAGAACAGGGCCAUGUACUGUGCUCUCCUUGCAUCGAUAUGGUCUACCAACGCCUGCAACACACACCUGCCUGCCUUAGGCAGGUGUGUGUUGAAGUUUUCCUGAAAGGACGGCAUCGUGCUACAGAAUCCAGAAUCAGUGUCAAUGGUAUGAUGCUCGGAGGCAGUGUUUUCUAUUAGAACAAGGCAAUGAUCAACUUGUUUGACCUGAGUACAGGGAUGACAAGCACGAAGGUGCUCACAGAUCGAGCUUACAGAGAUGGUUCUCCAGUUCGUAGAAUCUGGCAAGAUACCAAUCCUGCUAAAGUUUGUGCAGAGAAUAAACUAGGGGCUAAUAGUAGGAACUCUUCAAACAACAAAUCAGAUGCACCACCCAUGAAGAUGCUGCUAGUAAGGGAGAUAUUUAAAGAAGCGGAAUCAAGGAAGAAGCCACCAAGUGUGGUUGCCAGAUUAAUGGGGCUUGAGGAUGAUCUACCUGCACAAGAACCAGCAUUAUUGCAUUCUGUCAAAAGAAAUUUGAGAAGUCAGUCACAUGCCAACUUGGCAGCGACAAACCGACCCCUGCUGCAGCAAGAGCGGCACUGCUAUGGCAAGUCAACACACCAUCAUGUGGAUGCAGCCCGUGAAGAGCCAUUAAGAGUAAGAACACACCAUCAUCCAGACCAAACUUUAUCUAGUGGAAGAUCUUCCCGGAAAAAGAGCGACACAAGGACAGAAGUUGUUCGAAAAAAGUUCAUGGAAGCAAAACUCCUUGCCAAUGAUGAGAAUUUCCUUCACUCAAAGGAGUUUCAAGAAGCUCUCGAGGUUCUAAGUUCAAAUAAGGAUUUGUUUCUGAAGUUCCUUGAAGAACCAAGCUCAGUUUCGAAGCCUCAGAAUGAACAUCAAACAAUGCCAGCACCACUUCAGAAAAAGUGCAUUACACUGUUGAAACCACUUAAAUCUGUUGAGAAUAAAGGGGAAAGAGAAACCAGAACACACCGAUUUAAUGAAGAAAAUGGCUGUGUGACAGGGAAGACUCACAAGAGAUCACAUUCAACAGAAGAUACCUUCUCGCAGCCGACUAGGAUAGUGGUCUUAAAGCCUAGUCCUGGAAAGCCUAACAGAACACAUGCCAGGCUAACUCCCAGGACAGCUCCAUCUGAACAGACUGACAAGACUAACUUUCUUGGUGAUUUGGAAGAUGAUGCAUGUGCAUCCACCCUAAGAUAUGGAGAAGUAUCGCAUGCUUCGUUUCAGUACCUACCAGAGGAUCGUCAUCGGCGGGAUGAGUCUUUGCUAUCCUCUGUAUACUCAAAUGGGUAUUUUGGAGAUGAGAGCUCUUUCAGUAGGUCAGAAAUUGAUUACAUCGAUGAAAAUGAUGGUAACCUAAGUGAUUCGGUGGUAGUCAGUCCAGUGUCGCGUUAUUCAUGGGAUUAUAUCAAAAGACAUAGCAGUACUCACUCAUGCUCAAAUUGUAGCAGGACAUCUCAUUCACAUUCAGCUGAGUCAUCUGUGACCAAGGAAGCCAAAAAGCGACUUUCAGAGAGAUGGACAACGGUAGCACGUGAUGAGAUCGGUCAAGAAAUAAGGUUCCCAAGGAACUCAAGAACUUUGGGUGACAUGCUCUCUCUUAAAAAAGAUACGAAAGAAGAAACUGUUGCAUUGGUAAACUCUGUUUCAACUAGCCAGUCAUGUGGCACAGGUAAUGAGUGGGACAUGCAAGCUACUCGCAUGUCUACAUUAAGAAAAGAUGAAAAUGGUGAGAGCUCUCCCAGAAAUUUAGUAAGAUCAAAAUCUCUCCCAGCGUCAUCAGCAGCAUUUCAUGACAUAAUAGCGUCUGCAAAUUCUGAAGUCUGCAAAACAUCGAAGAUGGAUACGAGGUCAGGUAAAGGAAAAUCAUUAAAGGGGAGAGUGUCGAGUUUUUUCUUUCCCAGAAAUAAAAGGCUGGCAACCAGGAAAACUAUCCUUACAUCUGAUGGCACUAAUGGGAAGGUUGAAGUCACUUUUCUUGGCGACGUUGAGCAAAUGACAUUUUGCAAGGACAAAUCUGAUAGUUCCACCAUUCAAACAAAUUGUUCUUCAAAACAGGAUGUUGAUUCCUUCGAAGCACUUGUAUCUUCUGACUGUCCAGGUGAUUAUACUGACGACCUAAGAUCAAACGGUGGCCUAAAAUGCAUGCGUGGGCAUCCUAGUCCUACUUUUGAAGAUAACAACACUGAUAAACCCGAAUCAUCAAGAAGCAUCAUUUCCUGCAACAAGAGAGUUGGCCUACGGUCUCCUGCAAUUGAGUCUGUUGCCCGCUCAUUACCAUGGGAGGAUACCAACUCCCGUUCGGCAUUACUUGGCUCUCUGAAUUUCUCCAAUGCAGAUGAUGAUGAUGAAUUGGAAUGCCAUGCCUUUGUAGAAAAGAUAUUAUCAUCUUCUGGAUUAGACAAUCUACAGUUGACUAUGGUUUUCACAGGCUGGUAUUUGCCCGAUUGCCCUCUUGAUCCUGAACUGUGUCACAUGCUCUUAGACCACAAUGAGGAGGCCGCUAAAUCAAGGGAGUGUAGGUCAAACCGGAAGCUUCUUUUUGACUGCGUAAAUAUGGCCUUGGUUGAGGCUGGCCAAGACGCCUUACUAAGCACCUACCCAUGGAGCAAAACUUGCUUGGGAGCAUGGAAGGAGAAAUUAUCUCAAGAUUUAAGGGAAGAAGUCUGGAGUCAUGUGAAGGGUUGGCUUUACGGUGCAGAGAUGUUGGUGGCAAAUAAGGACGGCGACACUGCAAGAAUGCUGGAAAGAGUUGUGCAGCAAGAGGUGGAAGGAGGAGGCUGGAUGAAGUCAGGGAGAUCUGGAGUGGAUGAGGUCGCAAAACUGAUUGCAAGUUGUCUGUUGGAGGAUCUAGUCGGAGAAGCUGUGGCGGAUCUCGCAGUUUGUUUUCCACAGCAAGGCAUUCCACUGCCAAUGUCAAGUCUCUAGGAAGCAAUCUGUAUAUGCUAUUUACCAUAUGAGAACUGCUCUUAACAUUGCUGUGCUGAAAGAAUCCUUGGGCAUCUUCAUAUCCUGUAUGCAACUGUAUUAGCCAGAUCAUGCCAAUUGUGCAGCUCUGUUAUCUGUACAAGUCCUGCAUAACAAAUAGCUAGUCAGAACUCUCAUAUAUUUUAUAUGGUAUAUACUGUGUCAGCAGCUGACCAGCAGCAUUGUUGGUAUCACAAUUUUCUAACUAUGUGUGCAAGGAAGAAAAAUAAAGUUACUAGGCCCA